UAUUGACGCUACUGCACAUGCGCUGGCUCCCUACCUGCAGUGUCAUCACGCUCCCUGGUUUUGUCAUUACGUACUGCCACGGUGCAGACCGGGAGUUGUAGUCCCUUCCAGGGAGAAACGCGCUUGCGCAGUGGGGAGCGGGGCCGUGGUGGGAAGGGGCCGGCCAUGAGCGGGCAGUGUGUGAGGCGGCGAGCGGAGCCGGCCUGGGUCCCGGGGAGGAGGGGAAGCGGCGAUCUCUGGUGAGCGCGCGUGUGUAUGUGUCUGUGAGAGAGAGAGGGAGCGGGAGGCGGCCUUCCCCCUCCUCCUCCACCUCUCCCCUCCUCCCGAGUCUCCGGCGGUGGGCUUCCCGAUGACUGCGUGGCUGAUCCUGCCCGUCAGCCUGUCCGCCUUCUCCAUCACCGGCAUAUGGAUCGUAUACGCGAUGGCAGUGAUGAACCACCACGUGUGUCCUGUGGAGAACUGGUACGGCAUUAGCAAUUUCUUUUCUCCCCUCCAAUCCUGCUUUGCGCGGACCGAUAGCAGCUCAGCUUUGGCAUCGAGGCGAUAUGUUCUUGACAGUAAGUGUGGUUCGUACCCUCCUGAAAGCUGCCUGUUCAGUUUAAUUGGGAACGUGGGGGCUUUUAUGGUGGUUGUGAUCUGCGUUCUACGCUACGGCCAGAUUCUGGAGCGAUGCCACCCCAUGUGGAUCAACACGGGCGCCCUGGUCACCGGCUGCAUUAAUGCAGUCGGUCUGAUCAUGGUCGGAAAUUUCCAAGUUGACCACGUCAAAAGCUUGCACUACAUCGGUGCCGGAGUGGCCUUUCCCGCGGGAAUGGUCUUUAUCUGCCUACAAUGCAUCCUGACGUACAAAGUCGCGAUAUCACUUCUGGAUCACUGGAUAGGCCACAUCAGGGUUAUCCUCACCAUCCUGGCCUUAAUCUCUCUCGUCCUCAGCGGCAUCUUCUUCAUCAACGAGAGCUCGAUGUUCCAACACGCCGCUGCCGUCUGCGAGUGGAUUUUCACCGUCGACGUUCUGAUCUUUUACGGGACCUUCUCCUUUGACUUUGCCUCCGUCACCAACGAGACUGUGCUGGCUAUUAUGAGGAGGGGGAAGAGCAAGGCGUCGAAAUCCCCAGGCAGCAGUGCAUCUGCCCACCUGAACAGUAACCCAGAGAGCAUUGCCAUGAUCUAACUGUUGCUGAGUACAGUGACACGCCGCCACCUUCCCUGAUUCGGAGCCGCACACAGGCUCUGAGGUAAAAUGUGAACAUACGGCUGUGUAUCGUGCACCACUCCCCUUUAUCUAUUCCCAACAUGACUCCCCUUGGUGCUACAGAAGAAUCCUGAAAUGAGACGCUUGUGGUCAAAUCUUACCCUUAAUUUGGACGCACCCAAGAAUUGCCCAACUCUACAAUAGGGAGCCUAUGGUUUCCUUUUGCCUUGGCGACACCAAUCCGAGCCCAUCCCAUGCGCCCUGCCCUCUUGUGGUAGGGAUUGUGCAGCUGGGUGGAAAUUUUGGCAUUCUUGCGUUGGAGCUCCGUGCGGCAGAAACGACCCGUUGACGGGCUCCCCUGCGAAGAAAGGAGAGAUAGCACCAAAAGAAAACCCUCCGGAUCGAAGGGAAAGCAGCAGGGAAUGCUGUAGCCAGAAGUUGGAGGGGGGAGGGGAGGGGGGUGCGGUGGUGUGGUGUGGUGCCUGUUCCUUCACCGGGCACCAAUUAGCCUCUGAGAGUCAGCCAACAACAAUCCAACCCAUCGUCUAACUGGUUCUGUCGUAAAGUUUGGUGCCAGUAUGAGUUUUGAUUUACACCACCCCCCCAAAAAACAAAGAGGAAGUGACAUAGUGCCCAUUAAAGUUAGCCAGCACUAUAUGUUUCAGAGAGGUCGACUUCCCACAAAUGUGAACUGCGGCCUUGUAUUUUUUUUUUCCCGCCUUUCUCACACACAUCAACUGUGAGACCCCAGGGCUGGGGAUGAGAGGCAGCACUGCCAUUCUCUGAAUGCACAUCACUUUCAGUUGUGCAUUCGAUCCACCCCCCACAAGUUUUUACUGUUUUUCCUCAAGAGAUAGUGUUUUAAAAUGCAAAAGAAGUGGGUUCAGUUUUAAGAUCAAAGACUAGUGUGUCACUUCACUUGUCCAUGGAUGAAGAGAAUGGUUCCCUGUUCUGCAUUUGCUUACCCAGGCCUAAAGAAGGAUCAGCACUUAGAGGGGGUGGGGUACAUCAAGUGCAUUUCGUGGACUCGAAGCAGGAGAUUACUUCCCCCCCUCCACCCCCACUCCCAAGCUACCUGUUGCUGCUCACUGCCGUAUGACCGAAGACACAUAUAGGCUCCCGCAGCCAGUGUUUCUCACACACCGUCAGUACGCUAGGAGAGACACGACAUACUUUAAAAACAGGGGAGAGCCAGCAUCUAAAUCUCAUUCCUCACCUCGGGCUCGGAAGGUAGGAUGUGCACUGAGCACUUCCAAAGCGGAGAAGCUAAACAAGUCUAGAGAGGCGCAUUGCACAUUGACACAAAAGGGGGCAAACAGUUGGGUAGUCCUACUUCGCCUUUCAAUGGUAUGGUGAGGGGGGUGGGUUUAAGCUACUGAGUAAUUGGGUAGGGGGGUUUAAACCACUGAGUAAUGGGUUGGAGGGGUUUAAACCACUGAAUAUUUGUUUGCGGGGGUGGUUAAACUACUGAGUAAAGAGGGCAGCUUUACUCUGUUUGCUGAGGGCCCCAGAUCGGCAGUCGGGCCUGAAAAAGGUGGUGGGACAUGCCUUCUCUGACCAGCCUGAUUACAGAGCGGCUAGGGAGGCCUUUCGGCCCAUCCAGUCCCUUCUGCCAUCCAGAAAGACCCUGGCUGAGCCAGGUGGUAACUCUACACUACAUGACUCCCUCCCUCGUAAUUUUUAUCAACAGAAGUCUUUGUCAAUCUCAGGUUUAAAAAUUUACAAUUGAUUUGCAUGCCAGUUGUUGUGUGCGGGAGUUCCAGACAUAGAACUGUUUCAUAAUUUCACUCCCGAAGGCUCUGGCUGUAAUUUUUUUCAGACCACAGUCCUGGACCCCACCUCCCCAAACCAGCAGGAACUGUAUCUCAGUUAGUCUUGCGGUGGGGGGGGGUUAGAUUCCUGAUUGAGGCAUUGCUGCUCUCUGAUGCUGGCAUCCAGCCCUUGCCCACCGAAAUGUGGUCAUUGGUCCCUGAGCAUUCACUCGGGGCCCUGUGGCCCCCCGGUACAAUUUUGCAGGACUAUCACAUUGUUGUGACAUUCAAAAAACUUCAAAACAUUGUACCCGGCACCCCCGUAGGAGUUGCAGUGUCUUGGUUGGGAGUAUCCCCUUCCCCCACACCCAUUUUCCUCCAUCCCCCUUCUCCUCCAGUGGUUCACUCAAGCUAGAGACGAAGCAUGUUGACAACCCGCAUUUCACCAAGCAACUCCACAAUCAAACCCUGGGCUACUCACGAUUCUGGAAGAACCAUCAGGGGAAUAAUGGGCAACCUUUGCACACAGUACAAAGCUGGAACAGUGGAUGUCCAAACGAGUUGGCCUCCAAUUCCACCCCUUCCCUCCCACCGGGACAUGUUUGUAAGCAGCACUGACCCUGCCUGAAAUCAGAGAGGGUAAGCGUUUAAAUGCUGCGAGCAAUAAAUUCGCCCGAUUUUUGCAACAAAAGCUGCUUGCAAGAGGUGUUUAUAUCGACGAGAGUGCCUGGGAUCCUUCAGCUGCUCAAGGAAUGUUAAACAGAAAACAAAACUACGUUCAUCAACUAUGGUGACACAAUCCUUCUCGCUGCCUGAGGACCCUGUACGCUUUCAGAUGCCACAGCUACUUCAGAAAGAAUAGACCCUUCAGUGGUUGGACAGACCUAGGAGCAACACGUCCUCUGGCUUUGUGAGUUCCGGAUUUAUUUAUAUUUUAAGAAGAAAAGAAAAGCACUUGUAUUACUGUGAGAUUUUUUUAGCAAACCUUUAUAAAUUCUUCUGUCUUGACAUCAGAGGCCUUGUCUUUUCACCGGGUUUCCACAGAAGAAAUACUCAACACUGCUGCGGAAAUUGACCCGUGUUGGAGCCUUGCAAUGAAUCACCAACUUCACAAAAAUCAUGCAUCAGGAGUUUCAUUUGUUUUCUAAAAUAAACUUAUUUUUAAAUGU